AUAUUUCUGUUCCCUGUGUGUGUGUGUGUCUGUGCGUGUGUGUGUGUAUGUCUGUGUGUGUGCGUGUGUACAUGCGUAUGUUCAUGUGUACACUUCCUGAAUGUACAUGUUUGUAAUUGUGUAUGUAUGUAUGCAUGUAUGUGUGUGUUUGUUAAUAUUUGUAAGAAUAUUCGCGUGUAUGUGUCUAAGGAAACAUAUAUGUGCGUGUGUGCUUGUGUGCAACGUGCAAUGUGCUACUUAUGUAUUUGUAUAUACGUGUGUGUGUAUGUGUGUAUGUGUGUGUGA